AUGGAGACAGACGCCCAGCGAACUCUAUUCAACAAGUACGCUGAAAAAGUGGUAGGCGGUGCAGUCUGUCCGUUAAAGUGGCAAGGCUAUUACAGCUAUACCGUCGAGUCAGAGGACGGGCGCACUGUCAUUCAAUUCAGGUCAGACCAAUCACCACUGGAUGAUGAAAUCGUGAAACUUGCAAAGAGAGUCCACCCUAAUCUGGUCCCGGCAAUGGAGUGCUUGGAGUUCUCGAUGACCGUACGAUCUCAAUUUUACAUCCAGGCUUGGGAAUCUUCCCAGACACCUGAUGAAGAACAAGUAGUUCGUGUACGGCAAGGGUUCGAAAUGAAACUGGGACAGUUGGAAGAGAAUUCGUCACCAUGGCUUCUGGCCCACGUCACACAUGCUCGGCAAGCGCUCUAUGACAUCCUCCAACUGCCAUGGGUUCUGACCCAUGACGACCUAUCAAGCAUGAAUCUUCUUCUAGAUGCUGGUACAGGAAAUCUGCGAGGCGUGGUAGAUUGGGCAGAUGCUGCAGUCCGGCCGUUCGGGAUAGCACUUUGGGGCUUGGAGAGUGUUUUAGUCGAAAAGGCUAGGAAACUUGGUCUCCUCUUACGUUACGGAUUUAUCUGGCAAGAUAAUCGGUAUCUCGUGGACUUUCUGAGGACGAUCAGUCGUAUACGCGAAGACGAUCUCUCACUUGGUUAUGCAAAGCGGUAUCUCAGCCUUGAGACCCAGCCUCGAUGCAUCGCUUCCCUCGGUACGAUAAGACCAGAAACAUCAUUAUCUCAUGUGAGCCUGCCCUUGUACACUUCCAGCAAGCUUCGGAAAACGCUCAAUACGUACUCCAAGGAAGUUGAGCUUUCAGAAAAUGGACGUAUAACUCUGCUCGUCGUUGGGUUCUGCAUCAUUUGGCUGCGAAGGCUUCGCAGAUGCGCGUCUGGGUCGAGGGUGGUGUUUUUGCUUUUAUUAUUGGACUCGGAAGGGCAAUCUCGUCCCCUCGUUCAAACCAAGGAUGACCGCAUCGGUAAAUCCAGUACGGAGAUCUGCCUCUCCUCAGAAUUCGGAGUGGUUGUUUGUCUGUGGUUGCUCAAAAAGAAUCUGUACAGCAAAGUGUCGUUGCGUUGA